UUCACAGAGCGAGCCAGCUCCUCGGAAUCACUCCCACACUGCCUCAGCCUCAGAGAUGUCGCACCCGAGCACAGCUUUCACCACAGAAAACAUCUACCGUCCGAUGAUCCGCUGUAAGCCUGCGUGUGUGUCCGCGAUGAGCGUUUCUGCAGUGCGAUGCUGACAGCAUGUUUCCUCGUCGAGAAGCUCAGCGCUGUGCAGCAUAGAGGAGUGGAGCAACGUGCACAGUCACAGCGCGCUGUUGCAGUCAGGCAGCAUCAUGGAGGCAGGAUGUGUGGUUGCCGCGGUGAUUGAGAAUGCUGCCUCAGGACCCCAGGGUGAACCAGGAAGUGGUGACGUCCUUGAAGGAGACGGCCUACCGUCUGCUGACCAGGACAAAGAUGAUGCCUUACCUAAAGCCACCGACAAUAAUCCUCCAGAGGAGAAACAGCCACAAGAGACAUCCACUGCCAUGGUGAGGACUGAUGACAUCAAAGAGCACCCAGCCGAGCCCCUCCUGCGCUCCUGUGUUAGCACAGCUAGCAUGAAGGUCAAGAACAUGAAGAAGCUUACGUUCCCCAGAGGUCACUUCCCCACAUUGGCAGAGUGUGCUCAUUUCCACUAUGAGACUGUUGACUUUGGCAACAUUCAGUUGGCCUUCGCAGAGGGGCAGAUUGAAGGACCGAAGGCUGGUCAGGACUCCAAAGAGCCUGUGUUUCUGGUCCAGGUCACUUGCCAGGGUCGUAACUGGCUGGUAACCAGGUCCUAUGAAGACUUUCGGGUGCUGGACAAACAUCUGCACUUGUGUAUCUAUGAUCGGCGUUACUCCCAGCUCACAGAGCUGCCACGAUACGACACAUUAAAGGAAACUGUUGAGUCUGUAACCAAGAUGCUGGCCACCUACCUGUCCAGAUUCUCCGCCAUUGCUGACAACAAGAUCAACUGUGGACCAGUGCUAACAUGGAUGGAGAUCGAAAACAAGGGGAACCAUUUGUUAGUGUCUGAAGAAGCCUCAAUCAAUGUCCCUGCCAUCGCUGCCGCCCACGUCACCAAACGCUACACCGCCCAGGCCACGGACGAGUUGACCUUUGAGGUGGGGGACAUUGUGUCUGUCAUAGAUAUGCCUCCCAAAGAAGACACAGGCUGGUGGAGAGGGAAACAUGGAUUCCAGGUUGGUUUCUUCCCCUGCGACUGUGUGGAGCUGAUAAAUGACAAGAUUCCCCCCGGUGUUCAAAGCUCCGUGCCGAAGCCAGUGUGUAAGAAGCAUGGGAAGCUGGUCACGUUUCUGAGGACUUUUAUGAAGUCUCGCCCGCCGCCCCAGAAGCUGCGGCAGCGCGGUAUCCUCAGAGAGAGAGUGUUCGGCUGCGACCUGGGGGAAUAUCUCCACAACUCCGGACAUGAGGUCCCGCAGGUGGUGAAGAGCUGUGCUGAAUUCAUAGAGAAACAUGGAGUCGUGGAUGGAAUCUACAGACUGUCUGGGAUCUCCUCCAACAUCCAGAAACUGAGGCAUGAGUUUGACUCAGAACAGAUCCCAGACCUGAGCAAGGAAGCCUACAGGCAGGAUAUUCACUCAGUGGGUUCCCUCUGCAAGCUGUACUUCAGAGAGCUGCCCAACCCUCUGCUCACCUACCAGCUCUACGAAAGAUUCUCAGAGGCCGUGUCUGCAGCCACAGAUGAAGAGAGGCUGGUCAAAAUCCACAAUGUCAUCCAGCAGCUGCCUCCUCCUCACUACAGGACUCUGGAGUACCUUAUGCGACACCUCUCCCGCUUGGCAACAUUCAGCCCCAUCACCAACAUGCACACUAAAAACCUGGCUAUUGUCUGGGCGCCUAACCUUCUCAGGUCCAAACAGAUCGAGUCUGCCUGUUUUAGCGGCACAGCUGCGUUCAUGGAGGUGCGAAUCCAAUCUGUUGUGGUGGAGUUCAUUCUCAACAACACUGAGGCUCUCUUCAGCGCUAAACUCAACUCCAUCAUACGUGAAAGCACAGGUAACAACACUUUAGCCAGACCCAAGUCCCUGAUGGUAUGCUCCCCAUCCACAAAGCUACUGUCUCUGGAGGAGGCCCAGGCUCGCAAUCAGUCACAGCUGGGGUCCCCGGCCACCACCCCCUCCCUCAGCCAGAGUGACUACAUCGAGGUCGGGGAGGGACCCGGAGCUCUGCUCGGCAAGUUCCACACAGUCAUCGACCUCCCGAUGGAGAGCUUCAAGCGACCUCCUGUUAAGGCUAAGAAGUCUCCUGUGGGGAACUGGCUUUCAUUUUUCCACCUGGGCAAGUCCCACUCUGUGUCCAAACGUAAACUGAAGCGACACCCCAGCGAGCCUAACGAGAUAAAGAGCCUUGCACUGCCAGGUGGAAGAGGAGACUGCGGCACAUUGCGCUCAACCAAAAGUGAGGAAUCUCUCACCUCUUUGCACACUAUGGAAGGGGAUCCCCCGAGUUACCGCCCUCGCAGACCUCGUUCUACUAGUGAGGCCCUUUCCGGUGACUGUAGAGACAAUGUACAAAACCCCAGAACUAAAGACGACUACAGGCCCCACCCCCUGAAUGGGAGUUAUAAUGGUGCUGAUCAUGUCCGCAUUGCAGCGUGUGUUUCGCCUUCACAACAGGAGGACGAUCUCGAUCUUUGUCCGCCAGCUGCCGGCAUCUAUAGUUUGGACUUUGACCCCAUGUCUUUUCAGUGCAGUCCAGCCUCUGCAACGCCUGGGCUGCAACGCAACAAAGACGGAAAUAAAUUGAGGAAGAGCGCAGGGUGUUCCAGUGAAGAACACAUCUCUUCUCCUAACAACAACAUUAGGGGCUAUCAUUCUCCAGAUAUUAGCCCGGUUAUUGGUAAAGGUAGGAAGAAGGUUACCUCCAAGCAGCUCUCUCCUAAACUCAAAAAGAAAUCAUUUAAGACCCAGGCAGAUGUUCAGAAGGCCUCCUCCUCUCCUCCACCUCUUCCUUCUUCUUCUCCCCCAGUGGAAAAGCGUGAAGCUCCUCUGGCAGAUGGCAAGGAGCUGAGAGCCGCCUACCCACACUGCAGCCCACUCAGCAUGGCAAGCCAGACGUCAGCCCUGACCGACCUCAGUCAGCCUGCACAUAACCUCCCUGAUCCAGGAACAGAUAGACUUAUGAGUUCAGUGUUUGUUCUCCCUCCUCACCCUCCCCUGACGAGUGCUGCGCGAAAGCUGGCUUUGGCUCUAGCUGAAUCUGCCCAGAAGGCCAGCAGUGCCUCCCAGAGACGAAACAACGCCCCAUCGCACCCCCCCCAGAGACGGGAAGCUCCUCACACCCAGGACAGACCACCCAGGCCCUCUGUUCUCGAUCUUAAAGCGCACCCCCAGGAGUACAGUGGCUCUCAAGCCUCCUCUGGUUCCCAGUGGCAAACAUCAGGACACAGCCCUGUAGAAAGGCACCACUGCCCUCAUCCUGUGCAGUUCCUACCUGCGCACCUCGACUUGGAGCCGUUGCAGGUCAUCGACGGACCAGAAAGCAUGUGCAAUUUCACACCUAACGUCAGCCCGCUCGGGUCAGGCUGCUUGGAUGAAGGCAGUGCAGAGAGGAGAGACUGCAGGGAGGAAAAAAAGCGCAGAGAUGCCACACAAGGAGAACCAACCUAUCAGAGCGUUGGGGUUUCAACACCCACCCAGCCUGUCUGCUCCGCUCAGAGCCCAUCAACUUCUCCUAUAUACGUGAACACCGACUCUAUAAAUGUUUUUAAUUUCCGCGCUGUGCUGGCGGAGACCUCCAUGCCUACCUCAAUCGAGGAGGUCAUUCCACGUCCUUCACAGCCCUCCUCAACCCAUCACUACAGCCCAGAGGAGGACAGACCUCUCGGCCUGGUUGAGGAUGGCUACAGCAAACAUCAUCGCCAUCAUCGGCCCAUUCAAACAGAACGAAUGCCUGCACCUCACUGCCCUCGGCCCGAUGCCCUGCCACGUCACCUUUUCGGGCCAAGAAACAUGUACAGGCAGUCCUCUGAAGGCCGCUACAGCACUUUAGGUUUAAGGCAACCUUUGUCACCUCAAUACAGACGUUUCCCCAGAGAUGAGCACCUUAUCAGUGGGGGCCACAGGCAUCCAGGCCAAUGGCAGAGGUCAGAAGAUAGAGCAGUUGGGCACCCAGCCAUACGGAGAGCCCGCUCCUUUCACUCCCCUCACAUUAGUCACUACGAGCUGGCAGAGACAGACUUCCUGCCCCCUGACACCAUGUUUUAUGUCGAGCAGUCGUCGAGCCAAGAGCCGCCCUAUCAGAGUCUGGUUCAGACUGGAAUCUAUCCUGUACGGCAGCAUUUUGAGAACUUACAUGCUGACUAUCCUCAAAACCCCUAUUCUGAUAUAAAUCCAGUUGAUGGCUCCAGCUAUUAUGUAGAGCCCUGUAGGCAAAGAGGUAUCCGACACAGUCAAUCUUACACCAUGCGCUCCACGAGAGAAAGUGGACAAAUGGAUUACUACAACUACGCUCAACACCAUGCUCCUCCUGUGAACAGGGAGCUCCACAUAGAAAAAAGGGACACUGUCGUUUACGAGGCUAGAGAUGCUGAUGUUUUCGAAAGAGUUGUAUACCAACCAGUCAAGCAGGAGAGUCAUUCCAGACUUAAAAAUACAUGUCCAGAUGUGCCACUUUAUGAGAUUCCUGUCUCGCCGACUGACACGAGAAACAGAGACAUUGUGCACACAAGAAGCAAGUCUGACCCCGGGAACGCAUGCCUCCUCUCUGCCAGCAGGACAGAAACUCAAAAUAUUGCGGUUGCUACAUCCCCAUCUUCUUCGAGGUCUCAACAGGCAGUCAGUGAAGUCACCAGACAGCAGUAUAGUCGCCAGUCGAGUGCCGAGCCGGGAUCAUCCAGGCAGUUUCAGAUCAAAGAGAGCUCCUCGCGCCAGCCACCUCUUCGUAAAGUCCCUUCACUUCCAGAGAGGGGCUGUACUAACAUCAAGAAUGUGGAGCAGAAUAACAGAAGCCACACACGAGGCCAUGACCAGGAUCGUUUCACGAGUUCUAACGCUGUUAACAGCUACUCCGGUAUUGUGAAACCUGGCAUCCUCAGGAGGCCAGGGAGGUCGCAGAGCACCAGAGAAAAUCGUCACUACUAUCAUUACAACCCCAAAUCCCCCCUAGAUCCUGAACAUCUGGGAUCUUUUUCCACUCAGCCCAACAGAAGAACUCAGAGCACUAAAGUCCGGCCCACACAAUAUGACCACAAGGAGGAGUAUUAUGCAGCGCCCAGACCAAAACCCACAAGAUCGAGUAAAGCCGUGGCAGGAUAUUUGCCCAGCCAGGGCUGCAUGUCUCCCCGCGGGCACAGACUGCUGUCCAAGGCUCUGGGUCAGGAGGCUUUUUAUCAUGCUGCACUGAGAUCAGAGGCCGGGGUCUACGACUGAUUCUGACCACUGGUUUUAUCCGAUAUCACAUCGGGGCCAAAGGAGAACAGCACUUUAUUCUCUGCCAGACCAACAGACUGUUGAAAGUGUGUUUGUUUAAACCGUCAGGAGCUGCUAAAAUGUGUGAAGUGAGAUUACUGCUUGGGAUCAUACUGUCUCCGUCACUGGUAGUUUCAUAUUUAGCAAUGGAUUUUGAGGGAGCUCAAAGGGAACUAGUAUGCAGAUAUUGUCUUAAAUGUAUUUGGAAGUAACAUUAAGAGAGGCAUGUAUGGCUUAUAUAUUUUAUUUAAUGUUUAAACAAGAGAUGCUAAACUGAAGUAACUGGUUUUAUUAAUAUGAUUUCAGUAUAGGAAUGUGUACUCAACAACAUUCAUUUUAAAUGUAUUAUAUUUGUAUAAUAACACACCGCUAACAUGUGGCCAAUGUACUGUACAUUUUCUUUUAUAUCCCUGUCUACUCAGACUUCAACAAGCACUUUUGAGGAUAACUGUGUAUGAAACACAUUGUCUUUUCGUGGUGUACAUGAAUCCUCUUGAUAUACAGUAUAUAUUUUUUUCUGUAAGAAACGGCUUGCUCUUAAUCAUUUAUAAAUAACAAAUUAGCACUUUUGGGGGGUAAAAUGGAAGAUAACCUCAUCUUUUUUCUUUAGCACACAUUGUAUAAUGCAAUCUUUAAAUAGCAAUGAGUGCUAUGAUUUCUGUUAAGGUCAAAGCUACCAUGGCAACAUAUGCUACACAUAGCCUACUGUAAAUGCAAAUUAACUCAUUCAGCUCAGUGAAAAAGUGUAUUUUGUAUGGCAUUGUGGUCACAAACAUGAACAUUUCUUUCCUCUUUUAGGGAACUUUUAACAAUGUGAUGUUUUACAUAAAAUAUGAUGUUUAUUUCAAUAAAGAAGCUGUUUCAGAUCCAAUCAUGUAGAAGAGGAUAUUCUGUUAAGAUAUGUUAAAUGCGUUAUUUUAGUGAGUCUUAAACAAAUAAAGAUACUUUAUCAUAUCAA